AUCAAAGAGACUGAUCGUUCUGGGCAUGCUGUAAUAGUUGGUACCCAGUGUCUAGCAGAACUUUGAUAUUAGAUCGUUAUCAUCUAGUGAUUAGAAGCUCGGUAUGACUAUUUUACGAGUCGACGACGUCUCCAUUGCUUUUACGUCGUUUUUUAUGAAACUCAUAGGAUUUUGGCUUGCUGCCAAUCGCAGUGAACAACGGCUCAGAGACGUCACAUUGUUUUAUACCAUGUUCGCGAUUCUUUUCUCCUUGUGGGUUCAGACUACGGAUUUCUAUCACUCUCGGGAAGAUUUUGGGGCUUGUCUUUAUAAUGCAUGCAACAUUUUGUCGCUGACAGUGCCAAUGUUUAAGAUACUCGUUCUGCUUGUGCACAAAAAGAAAUUCUUUCAUUUAAUCACAUAUUUGGAGCGAAAUUUUCUGCAUGCAAAUUAUGACAAAUACGAAACAUCUGUAUUGGCCAGUUGCAAACGUAAAUGCACCUUCUUCAUUUGUUUCUUUAUUUUCUUAACCGAAGGGACUGUUUUCUCCUACAUUAUCACUCCAGUUAUUGUGAAUAUCGGAAGGAACGAAUCUGAUAGGACACUUCCGUUCAACAUGUGGGUGAAUCUACCAUUAUCCAUAACACCAUAUUAUGAAAUUACUUUCGUUAUACAGGUUUUGUGCGUGUACCAUAUUGGAUUGACUUAUUUUUGCUUCGAUAAUUUCUUAUGUAUCAUGAAUCUACACUUGGCUGGACAGUUUCAAAUACUGCAGUACAGGGUAUCAAACAAAUGUGUUAUAAAAGACCAAGAGAAGUCGAAUUUAAAAUUGGAGAAGAAUUCUUUGAAAUUUAUAAAUGAUUGUUGUGCUACUUUUAAAAGCUAUAUUCGACAGCAUCAAAUACUCAUCGCGUAUUGCGAUCAAAUUGAAGAAAUAUUUAAUCUGAUCGUACUUGUACAAGUAAUCACAUUUAGUUUAUUAAUUUGUCUUGAUGGGUAUCAGAUACUUGUGGCAGAUGUGCCUCACAGAAAAAUUAUCUUCUUCUUCCAUCUGAUGGGUACCGUGUGUCAAUUACUGAUGUUUACGUACAGUUGCGACUGUGUCAUUCAAGAAAGUCGAAAGUUGGCUCGUGCAGUAUACUCUGGACCGUGGCUUCUCUUACCAAUGAAUGAAAAUGUACAAAAAUUGAGGAAAGAUUUGGUAAUGGUCAUUAUGAGAUCUCAUAAACCAUGCUGUCUUACAGCUUGCAAAUUCUUCAUGGUGUCAUUGGAAACCUAUACUAAGGUUUUGACCACUGCAGCAUCAUACUUUACACUACUGCAACAAAGCGAGGAUGUUAAUAGUUCAUAGUAUCGCAUAUUUGUAAAUUUGUGCAUGCUUUGCACAUAAAAUAGUACGUAGGUACUUUCUUCCUCCAAAGUUAUUAGUGCAACAAGUCAUUGUAAAAACGGGGCUGUCAAACAAAAUGAAAACGUCCGUCCAUUAAGAAAAUUUUCACUAUUUUCACUGCCACAAUUAUAUUAUUGAAAGAACAUUUGAUACCUUGAAAAUUCUUCCUCUGCUACGUUACAAGUUAAUCUCACUUUCACAAUA